AUGGAAUCCUGCAACACCACCACUUACACAAACAACAUCAACAAUAACAACAAUAACAACAACAACACCACCACCACCAACAACACCGACAUCACAAAACAAGGCCUGAACCGCGCAAUGGCUAUCCGCAAGCGAGCAUCUUCAGAUCCUAUGCCCUCUCCUCUCAGAUCACAAACCUUGGACUCGGUCACACCCCAACCGACAGCCAGACGGCGCGAGUCAACCGGUAAUGGCCAAGAAAACACACAAAAAACCACCACAAGCUUUUCGAAACCCCUCUGGAGGCAGACGCGGCAAGGACCCAGCCAGUGCAGGAUGCAGACCCGGGCAGUCAAGACGUUGCGCACCGGCUGCUCGCCGGCACGACAGGACAGGGUGGUCAAGAAGGAGCCGUCAAGGACUGCCAGGCUUCCCGAGUCGAUGCGGGUCGGGAGGGAAAAUUCCAUGUUUAAUUUGAAGGUUACCAGGUCGCCAUUGAGGAUUCCGCACUCCAUCGUGCUGGCCGACGACUCGGCUUCCUUUGUGAGGUUACUUUGGGCAAGAUCGCCGCUUGAGGCGAUGCCGGGUAUGAUGUCGGGGAGGUGUUGA